CACUGUAUGCGAUUUUCCUACAAUCUCAUUUCUGCUAUUGGUGGAAAACUAGGGAAGUUGCACUAAGUAAGAGCUCUCUGGUAAGAGUGCACCGAGUGCAGCCAGUGAAACGAACACAUCAAAGCAAAAUAGCAGCCACAGCAGCGAAAGUCGUUGACAGCUGAUCUAAGCUGAACGACUGAAAUAUCAGUGGUUCAAAAUCACCGGCAGCAACGCCGGUAGACAUUACUUUAUUCAAAAUUCUACAACAGUUCUUAAUAUGGUACAAAACUAUUCGAAAUCUCCAAACACGUUCAAAAUAUCAGGAUACGAUAAAAUUAGGUUAGGUCAGAUAAUCUUAGGUUAGGUUAGGUUGACUGAUGAUACCGAGCUGCGGACUGUGGUACAGGCUUGAAAAUGAGAUACAAGAAUGAGUACAAUAGAUUCCUGAAAGACAACACUUAUCCUACGUCCAUAAAAUUGAAUCUCGUUCCAUACUGGCUCUUGGCUAUUCUCCGCCUCGCCCUGACGCUAAUACCACAGAUCGGUUACAUUCAUCCUGAUGAGUACUUUCAGUCCAUCGAAGUAAUAGCUGGUGAGUACUUCGAUAUCGACGUCUACAGACCAUGGGAAUACAACGCUACCUUUCCAAUCAGGAGCAUACUGAUACCCUAUUUGACAAUUGGUAUCCCAUACUCAGUACUGAACAGAAUAUCUCCGUACUCAUAUUACGUAUUCGGCACAACGCUGAAGACUCCGUUUUCCCUUGUCAUAUUCCCUAGGCUUUUGAUAUGCGCCCUUUCAUUCCUGUCGGAUUACUGCUUGUACAAGAUCUGUUACAUCUAUGGACAGAACUACAGGACCCGGUUGAUCACCUAUGCUAGCUCCUAUGUCAUAUUAAUUUAUGCCACUAGGACUUUCUCCAACACCAUUGAACUCGUACUCACUUCUACCCUGAUCUAUUUCGUUGCAAAGUGCAUGGCCACUUCCGACGAGAUUGUUUACGAGGAUGACUAUCUAUCGGAAAAAUAUAAAAGAGCUGGAAACGUCGUCGAUCGUGUCAAGUAUUUCAAGCUACGUGCGUCUCUGCCAAGUCAUUCGUUGAACAAUUGUUUAAUCCUGGCAACAAUAACUGUUGUUGGUAUUUUUAACCGCCCAACAUUCGUCGCUUUUGCAUUUGCUCCGAUUUUCUUUUGGCUACAGCGUGGACUUGGUUCGAAGAACAUCGGACUUGGCGACUUUCACAUAAGGAUAUUCACUUUUGUACUUUGCACCGUACCUACGGUUAUCCUUUUUAUAUUAACGGACAGUUUUUAUUUCGGUUAUUUGACUCUGAGUGAGAUACAUAAUCUACAGAUAAGCAUGAACAAUUUCGUCGUCACUCCUCUAAACUUUUUGAAAUACAAUUCCGUUACUAAAAAUCUUGCAAAUCACGGUUUGCAUCCUCAAUUCCUUCAUCUACUGGUCAAUGUUCCUUUGCUCUAUAACGUGCUCGGUUUUGUUGGGUUAUUCGCAUUCGGCAACAUAAUUUACAGGUGUCUAAGAGGUCGCUGGUCGGAAUUGCCCCGUAUUCAGAGCAUCAUUGGCCUGAUGACAGCGUCUUUUAUCCUGCCAAUCCUGAUGCUGUCUGUCUUCCCCCAUCAGGAACCGAGAUUCCUGAUACCGGUCACAUUGCCGUUGAUAUUUUUACAUUCGCAGAGAAUACGCCACGUCUCAACGGUAGAGAGUGUUUCUUCGUCAAAUAGCGACGAGUCAAAAUUAGCAUUCAGGCGAAAUAAGAAUAGCACUAACAAAGUACUGGUUGUCUGGUACGUUGUGAACAUAGUUUUGACCUUCUUCUACGGUUUUCUUCACCAGGGUGGCGUGUUGCCUCUUGUUUCACACUUGGCGGCGGAGCUCAAGGCCAAGCCGCACGCAACAAAUGUUCAUUUAUUCACUUCGCACAUUUAUUCCAUACCCACAGCAUUGUUACAACUCCGCAAUACACGAAAAACUUAUGUAACACGGGAACAACGAAAGUACAAGCUUGCCAAAGAUUUCCACCUGUAUGAACAGGGCUCAGAAAAUGUCGAACAAAUAUACCAGAACAUCGUGGAUAAGAUACAAGAGUGUGAAAAGAAAUUGAGAACCAAGAAACAGCCCUAUAGACUCUAUUACGCUAUGCCUGCUACGUUUUUAGACGAGUUUACUAGGUUCAGAUUGACGAAUCAAUCUCAAGUAUUCCUGUUGAAAACUGUUAAGACCUUUCGUCCUCAUAUUUCCAUCGAAAAGCUACCAGUGUUAGAUUUUUUUUACGAAUGUAAUGACAUGGAUGAUCUAGAGAUUUGUACAAAGAAAAUUGUAGACAAUUUUUUAGAAAACUUUUACAAAUGCUUUCGUCAGUUAGGUUUAGUGCUAUUAAAAAUUGAAUCUUCUAUCCCUGGCGAUUUAAUCACGUAGAGUCACACGAACGAUUCUCAGAGUUAAAGAUGUUUGCUUAAAUUUCAAUAUCCAAUUUUAAAAACUCCUCAAAAAUUUACGUUUCAACGGAUCAAAUACUUCAUGGCUGCUAAAAAAAUCUUACUUUUUCAUCGAACAAAAUUCCAGGUUUCAAGGAUCAACUUCAAUUAUGCUCUCUAUUACAUAUACGAGGCAUUCCAUGCCAAAUAGACCGCGUCCUGAUCGUCAUAUUUUUUGUUUUCCUUGAAAUUUUUUUUUUUUGGGUGUAGUUAGAUCUCAAAAACACAUAAAUGAAUUUUUUUUCCAUUUCUCUGAACAAUUCCUUACGAGAAACGAUUGUCGAAGUCGUGAAAUAACAUCUAAAUUACAAAAUCUGGAAACGAUAUAGGAAGUCUUGCAUUUUAUCCUAAUCAUUUUGGCAUCAAACCAUGAUGGUCAACGAUCUCCUAGGUGUCGAGAUAUUUAUAUGACCAAAACGUGGAAAAAUGUUAUUUUUUUAUAUUAACUAUUACUAUUACAACUAAAUCUCAAAUGUUUUUCUGUCAGUAAAAAUUCUUUUAAAUUCAUUUGAAAAGUGAAGUUUUAUCUGUUCGAUUUUUAAAGGACAAAUUUAUCGAGUUUUCAAUGUCUCAAAAAUCUCAGAAACAGUAACUUCACAUGAAAAAAGUUAACUUUUUUCACGCUUUGGUCGAAUAUAAAUAUGCUUGGGUGUCUCAACACUUAGCAGGAUAUUGUUUGACAUCGUAGGUCUUCUGCCAAAAUGGUCAGAAUAAAAUGCAACCCUACAAAAAUGAAUUCAAGUGUUUUUGAUGUUCUACUAGACCGACAAAAAAUUUUGAAAAAACCAAAAAUAUGAAGGUUUGGACCUGGUCGAAUUGAUGCAUGUAUUUAGAAUCAACCGUUCAUUCAUCGAAACGUUCUAUCAGAUCAGUAACAUCGCUUACGCAAAACGUUAAUUUUAAUAUUUAUAUCUGUGAACAAUUGCUUAUCAUUUAUUAUUAUUUAUAGGUACUUGUGGCACUAUUGUGUAACAGUUAGUUGUUAUAAGCAAUCUGUAUAUCCGUCCACAUGUUUUAUAUUCCACGUACACAUUAAUGUUCUCGAAUUAUUGUAAACUGCAAUAUCCUGUUACAAAUGAAACUAACAGCUAGGUAAUUCCAGAAGAACGAAAGAAACUUCGACUAAUUCACAAAGUGCGGUCAAGCUAAGUUUUUUUGUCUUUAUAUAUCGAACAUAUAUAUUUCUGAAUCUCGUUUCCUGUCUGAAGUAAAAUCACUGAAAAUGAUUGAAAUUUGCGAGUAUUAACAAAUGUACGAAAUCUUCAAAGAAGAAAAAGCAGAGAUCAAUCAAAAGAAGAGAAAGAAUGAAAAACUGCAGUUAGGAAAGUGUAUUUAAAUAGUAAAUUAAGUGUUAUAAUCGUAUCACAUCAACAAUGAUUGGAAAAAGACUUAAUCAGAUCUCGUAAUUAAAGAUCAGAGAAGUUUGCUCUGAGUUUAUGCUACAACAUACUCGAUCGUGAAAUCUCGUAGAAUAUAAGGCAUUAGAAUUAAUAUUACGCUUUGAUAUUAUUAGAAUUUCAUCAAGUCUUGGAUCUUGGUAUAGAGAAAGGAUGGUUAAAUACGUGAAAAUAAAAAAAAUGUUAUACAUAUAUAAUAUAGAAACCUAAAGAUAAAGAGGUACCAAUAAAUCACAAAUGAAAAUGGAAAAUUUAAAAAUCUUUUUGAACUGUUAUAAUAAUUAUUCUCUUUAAUACAGAUGACAUUAUUGUUAUUGUUAUUAUUACUAUUAACUUCACUUAGUAUCAUGUUGUUCUGAAUAUAAGCCGAAGUUUUAUCGUUGACAGCACCUGUCAAAAUAGCCCUAGUCUCAUACACGGACCCGUCUGAUGCGCGGGUAACUC